UUGCUCUCUAAGCACUGGUAUAUAUAAGUUCUGACUUCUGCAAGAAUUAAAGAGACCCCAACUCUCAAUCCUCAAACACCCCAACUACAUACAUCAUGAACCCAUAUGUCCGAACCACUCAAAUUAAUUUCUGCUCACAUCCUUUGGAUCUAUAAAUGGGACAUCAAAUUUGUGCUUGAAAUCCAUUCCAUCUCUAUCUACUGCUAUACCUCUCAAAGAGUACUCGUUGAAAUUUAUUACACUGACCGAGCGAAAUGGGUUCCAAAAAAAUUGUUAUCCUAGGCCUUUUCCUGGCUAUUGCUCUGCUCAUUACCUCAGAGGUGACAGCCAGGGAUUUGGCUGAGACUACCACCUCCAAGGAAACUACUGAAUCUACUGAACAGACAAAUGGAGUGGAGGAUGCCAAGUACGGUGGUGGAGGGUACCCAGGUGGCGGAUAUGGAGGAUAUCGAGGCGGUGGAUAUGGAGGAGGUCCAGUUGGCGGGUACGGUGGAUAUCCAGGUGGCGGAUACGGUGGACGCCUUGGUGGUGGGUACGGUGGUGGAUAUCCAGGUGGCGGAUAUGGUGGAGGUUGGCGAGGAGGAUACGGUGGAUAUCCAGGCGGUGGUUAUGGAGGAAGCCCGGGUGGUGGAUACGGUGGAUUUCCAGGAGGCGGAUACGGUGGAAGCCCAGGUGAAGGAUUUGGAGGAGGAAAUCGCAGUAGCGGCAGUCAUGGAGGAUGGAACUGAAGCCUUGUAUCACAACUGAUAUACUCAGAAAACCUAAGUGUGAUAAUUAUGCAAUAUGUAUUUCUCGAAGUAUGAAUAUAAAGCAUGAGUACUGAAGGAGAU